AAUAUGUCUCUUUCGACAUGCUUGACGAAGCAUGAAUUUUAAUUGUGCAUUUUUUUGCAAACUAUUCGUUACAUUAUUAUUAAACAGUGACUCUUUGGCUUAAACUUUUAUGUUGAAAAUUUGAGGAUUAAAUAGGUUUUGUGACUUUUGUAUACCUCUAACUUAUAAAGAUAUUCUGGAAUACUGGUCGGGCAAAUCUCGUUGGGUGAAAACUACGGGGUAGCGUGGAUUUUUCCAGCAAGUUCCAGAGGUAGUUAAGUAAGGUAUGGUACUUAAGCCCAUAUAAUUUAUUUUCAAUUGCCCAACGAAGUUUCAAAAAGUUCACUCGAUGUUACAAAGAAAUUGGCAAGUUUUUGAAGUUUCAACUGGUUUUAUACCUAUUUUCUUUCUGGAUUCCCAACCAGACAUUGAAACCAUUUUAACUUUGAAUUACCUUCGGAGCUUAAUUUCAAUUCGCUGUUGCUUACCGUGCUCGGAACAUUCUGCGCUAUGUGUACGGUACACUUGUUCAAUUGAGGAUGAUUUUUUUUAUACUACUAAGCCUUUCAGAAACAUGAACAGAUCUUCGGUAGUUUUAACACAACUGCUGAAUGAUUUUGAUCGACAAUUACAUUCUUCUCAAUAAAAUGAGCUCAAAGUAACUUGACAAUCAAUCUACUACCGAUCAUUGUUAUUUGAUUAGAACGCAUUUGUCAUCAAACUAUUCGAUUCGGUCGGACAAUGAUGAUUGUUUGCGAGUUUCGUUGUUCUGACAGACAUCAAACGAUAAAUACGUGUUUAAAUUGGCUAAAUCUGAAAUUUGAGAGAUUGUCUUUAACAACCAUGACAAUAUAACAGAAACUUUAAUUCUGUUUCUGUUUUUCUGUCUUUACUAUUAUUCAGUUCGGUAAAAAAAAUGGAUGCUCCGAUUGAAAUUUUGUUAUUGAUAAUCUUUUUGAUUCUCGUGGUCUCGUUGCUUUUCGGAGUGUGUUGUUACAAGUUGUACAACCGAGUGGUACAUAUAGACCAGGAAAUCAGACCCGAAGAUAGACCGGCCGAACAAGAGUGUCAAAUCUGACCUUUUUUUGGAUUACCUGCUAGUCAAGUUAUGAUGAUUUGCACUUGUUUAAGUAUUCAAAACUUAGUUCUUAUUAAGGUUUAAAUUGAUUAUUAUAUCACUCAUAAUUAUAGAUCUGCGAUUGUAUGCUUCUGCUCAUAUUUGUAUGUUUUCUAGAAAAAUUACUCCAGAUAUUUUGAACUAUUUAUAAUAAAUUGUUUCAAUUAUAAAUGAGGACCGGUUCAAUUAGUAAACUGAUUUUUUCCGAUUGUUUUGGAAUUUAUUGGUCUACAAAACGAUUCUAUAGCUAAAACAACAUAAAGUUCACAUGAGUGUUUCUCAAACGUUAAAAAAAGCAACUUUCCUGAAUGAUUUUAAAAGCUUCUUGCUCGCUGGCUUACGACAUAGAAAUAGUUCUGAUCUUCAGCAAAACAUUUAGUGCAGAAAUUAACAAAUCUGUCAUCAAAUUCAACAGCGAAGUCACGCCUUUAAACAACUUCCCUCCAAGGUUACUUUGCUCAGAGGCAGUCAAAUUUCUGCUAGAAGAACGUUUCGGCUCUUUGAAAACAGAACCGCCUGAUGGUUCUGGCGAUAAACCAACGAGAUUUGUCUCAAUGCACAAUUUAUAUGGGGUUAAUAGUGGCGUGUCUUUCGUGGUCGGAAUUGAGAACCCAGUUUGGGUUAAACAGCCGACAGUGCAUGAAUUAGAAACGAAUACGAAUAUGGCUUUGGACCAAUUAGUGUUCUAUGUAGUAAAGCGGGAAAUGCAGUGUGAGUUCGGCUUGGAGGAACUCAGUGUUGAUGAAGCUGUACGAAUUGUGAUGUUGGUUCACUUGUUUCCCAGUUCAAAGGUUGUUUUGGUACGCGUAGAUGCCGACUGCUCAUGUAUUCUGCAUGUCACAGACUACGCCAUCGGCUACGCUGAGUUCAACCACUUAAUGAUGAAAAUGUCUGUGAACAACUUCCAAGCCAUACUUCAUAAACUGCUUCAAUUCAUCAAUAAGUUAGGCCGCCUUGAAACCAAUGCCACAUAUUUACUUCGCAGACCUGAUUUUUCGUCCAAGUGCGAAAUCUUCAUCCAAUCAAAUUUGAGCAAUGCGCCCGACUUGACAAUGCGACAGUCUUUGAACUUGAAGAAAGUCUACGAGCAAAGUUUGGAUUUGUUGCCGACUAGUUCGAUUUCAUGGCUGCCGAUUGAUGUAACCAGAAUUAUGCCGUUUCAUUACGCUACUGGAAGAGUUCCGGCAACUUUUCCGAUUUCGAGUUCCAGCAAACAGAAUCAACCAAGAAGUUCACGGGUUAGACACCCCCAGCAAAGCCAGCAACUAAAUCAAAGCAACAAUAAACAAACUUCUUUUUCUAAUAAGAGGAAAAAUAAAAAUAAAGGCAAACGAUGAAAUUGAACACUAUCUCGAUUCAAAAUGACAGUUUUUGUUCAAUGUGAGUUCUUUAUUAAUUUACUUUGUUCGAUA